AUGUUUGCGUUCAAGGGACGCUCGUUGCUAUACGACCGAUUGGUGGAGCUGUCGCCUGACAACGGAAACCUCCUCUUCAUAUACCCAACACGGCAGGGCGGGCGAACUUUCAUGAAAGAGUACUUGGGGCCGAUCCUCGAUCCCCUGCUGAGGACAGUAACCGUCAUCCACGAUCUGACGUCGGAUCUGGGAAAGAGCCUCGGCUCUAUGACUUCAGUGGACUACUUGGACGAAUACGACCAGUUGGCUGCGCACGUGGACAAGUUCUGCGAGAAGUUGAACGGGAGUCGAUCAAGCCGGCGGAGUCUCAGCAACGAGCAAGUCAUGUACGAAGUUGUGCAAGCCUCAAGAAAGGAGAUGCUGCUCGAGCGCUCCGUGUGGGCGGACGACUGGUGGAUCAAGCAGGAGAAGCCCAGGGUUCGUGAAACCGUCAUCAAGUACUUCCGAAAAGCAUCACGGCUACCGACCAACACGGAGAUGACGAGCGCGCAUCUGAUCGAGGAGGUCUUGAACGGCGUCUCGCAUCGCGAGUACCUGGGCGGAGGGCCGAAGAAGGGCGUCGAGGUGGGCGUCUUCAUCAUCAAGAAGUCACGGUCCACGUAG